AUGGCUCCUUCUUGUGAGCUGAUUCGCCCUGAAGAGGGGACUCUGCGAACUUCGGGAUCAAAGGAAACAGACUUUUCUUCUUUUGCUUCUUUUGCUGCUGCUGCUGCUGCUGCUGCUGCUGCUUCCAAAGCCGCUUCUGUGAGUUCUGCUGCUGCCUUUAUUGAGGCUCUGGCUAAGCAGCUGCGCGCACAGGACCACGCAGCAGCAGCAACAACAGCAGCAGCAGCAGCAACAGCAGCAGCAGCAGCAGCAGCAGGAACAGAGGAAGCCGUUGACUUCUACGGCUGCUGCCACCUCCGGAGCAGCAGCAGCAGCAGCAGCAGCUCGUGCUGCUGCUGCUGCCUGCCGCAGCGCGUUCAAGCAGCAGCAGCAGCAGGCUCUGCUUCAGCAGCAGCAGCACCUGAAGGGGGGGCGGCAGGCGCUGCAGCAGCAGCAGAAGCUGCAGACAUUGGGUCUUGUUUGCUGCAGCAGCUGCUGCAGCAGCAGCGGAAGCAAAAAGGCGCAGUGGCCCCACAAGUUCUGCUGCUGCUCUCCUCGCUGCUGCUGCUGCUGCCGCAGCAGCUGCGAGCAGCAGACCUGACCCCUGUAAUUGACACGGCCUUGCGCGUGCUGCAGCAGCUGCAGCAGCAGCAGCAGCAGCAGCAGCAGCAGCAGCAAGAGCAGACAGAGGGGGAAGGUUCUGCUGCUGAUAAGAGGAGCAGCGGAUGCUGCUGCAUCUCUUGCUGCUGCUGCAGUCUGCUGCUGCUGCAGCGGCUGCUCUCUGCUGCUGCUGCUUUCAGGGGAGACCCAAACCUCCCCACAGCAGAAGCUGCUGUUCGCCUAGCAGCAGCAGCUGCUGAGCUGCUGCUGCUUUCUGAGCGCAGCAGCAGCAGCACCGCUGUUUUUUGCUGCUGCGCGACGCAACAAAAGAGCAGCAGCAGCAGCAGCAGCAAGCGCAGCAGCACCAAGUGCAGCAGCAGCUGCUGCCGUUUUCUGCUGCUGCAGGGCCUUUGUGCUGCUGCUUUUCAUCUUCUGUCUUUAAUUAUAAAGCGGCUUCCUCAGAAUGCCCAGAGACACGUGGUGGAACAGCUGUGUGCAGCCAAGAAGCAGCAGCAGCAGCAGCAGCAGCAGCGGCAGCAGCAGCAGCAGCGGCAGCAGCAGCAGCAGCAGCAAGAGGGGUCUAAACCGGCUCUGGAGCUGCUGUUCGGCGUUCUGGGGCUGACGACUUUACUGCGGAGGCGCCGCCUUUCCUCUAGAGGCAGCAGCAGCAGCAGCAGCAGCAGAAGCAGCAACAGCAGCAGCAGCAGCAGCAGCAGCAGCAGGGGGGAAUGCGAGGAUUUGCUGCACGCUGAAGGCGCAGAAUUGCUGCGGCAGAUUGUGGGGCUCGCCGUGCUGUCUCCGCUUGCUGCUGAUUUGCUGCUGCUGGGGCAGCAGCAGCAGCACAGGGAGGCACUUGACACAGAAAGUGCUGCAGCAGAAGCUGCAGAACGCUCAAUGCUGCUGCAGCAGCAGCAGCAGCAGCAGCAGCAACAGCAGCAGCAGCAACAGCAGCGCGGCGUGCUAUCAGUGCUUCAGCCUGCCCAGAAGGGGGACCCAAGUGCUCAUCGGUUGCUGUUUGCUGCUAUAGCUGCCAUGGUGCAGCAGCAGCAGCAGCUGCUGCAGCAGCAGCAGCAGCAGAAGCAGCAGCAACAUCGGGUGCUUGGGACAAGUGUGGGGCCCCUCUACUCUUUGCUGCCAGCACUGGGGCUACUGCAGCAGCUGCCUGACGUAGCUGUGCUGCUGCUGAACGGCAUCAGUGCUGCAUGCGCAGACACAGCAGCAGCAGCAGCAGCAGCACCAGCAGCAGCAGCAGCAGCAGCAGCAGCAGCAAAAGCAGCUUCUGCAGAGGGAGAGACCGCAUUGCAUAAUGUUGCUGCUCUCGACGGAUUUCUGCUGCUGCUGUCGACACUGGAGCCGAUCUUGCAGCUGCCUCUUGCUGCGCUUCCUGAAGCUCAGCAGCAGCAGCAGCAGCAGCAGCAGCAGCAGCAGCAGCAGCAGGAAGCCCUUCUUUGCGCAGAAAGCAUCCGCUGGGAGGCAGCUGUGGGGGCGUGGCAUCACCUGUGCAGCUCCUCGCUGCUGAGCCCUCGGCUGCUGGGCCAGCGGCGGCACUUAAAUUAUUUAUCAGCAUUUUGCUGCCGCUGCUUGCGGGGAGUGCAUGCGCUGCUGCAGCAGCUGCGGGCCCGCUUGGGGCUUGCUGCAGCAGCAGCAGCAGCAGCAGCAGCAGCAGCAGCAGCAGCAGCAGCAGCAGCAGAUGAGGACGAGGACGUGCUCGGGUGUCUCUACUCCUCGCGGGCAGUGCUGCCUCCCCCUUUGCUGCUGCAGCUCUGCUGCUUGCUGCGCACUUUGUGGGGCGGUGCUGCGCUGCUGCUGCAGCUGCUGCCGCGGGACUUUGAGGGGCUGCUGCAGCAGGUGUUCGUGCUGCAGCAGCAGCAGCACGUGCUGCUGCAUGCUGCAGCAGCAUGCGACCCCACACAAAAGCUUAGGAACUGCCUUGCUGCUGCUUGCAGUCUUGAAGACACAGACGUCUUCUUCUGCUCUGGCAGCACGGAGUUCCUGCGGCUGCUGGGGUGUACGUACACCCGGAUGAAUGACGUGCCCGCGCUGCUGGCAGCAAUUGAGAGGCAUGUGGGGAUAGCAGCAACAAGCAGCAGCAGCAGCAGCAGCAGCAGCAGCAGCGGCAGCAGCAGCAGCAACAUGCUGCAGGAAAUGCAGCGGAAGCUUGGGGCGCUUUCGGCUGUCUCGAGGGCUCGUGGUGGCUGCUUGACCUUCGCCUUGCGCGAGGACUUUCUAGACACAGUUGCUGCUGCUGCUGGCUCCGCCCUUGCUUCGCAGCUGCCGCUGCUGCUGCAGCGGCUGCAGCAGCUGCUGCAGCACACCACAACGGCGUUGAUGCAGAGACUCCAGCAGCAGCUGCAGCAGCAGCAGCAGCAGCAGCAGCAGCAGCAGCUUGGAAGGAGCUUCUCGACACUAGCUAUCAAUGCUGCUGCAGCGCAGCUGGUGAUGGGCGCCUUCUUGCGCGGAGUGCAGCAGCAGCCGCAGCAGCAGCAGGAGCUGCUGCUGCUGCGGCUUCUCGAGGCAGUUCCAGCAGCAACAGCCCCAAUCAUCGAUUUGCAGCCACUGCUGCAUCGACUAGCUGCAGCAGAACAGCAGCAGCAGCAGCAGCAGCAGCACCAGCAGCUGCUGCUGCUGCUGCAGCUGCUCUUUCGAGGCCGCGAUGCGCUGCGCCUUUCUGUGUGUCUGCUGCUGCGCCAUGUUCGCUCAUUUGCUGCUCCCUAUUUUGCUGCAGAGGCGCCACAAGCUGCUGCUGCUGCUGCUGCUGCUGCUGCUGCGCUGCCGGCAGCUUCGAGUGCUGCUGCUCUUUCGGAAGCAGUCCUUGCCGUAUCGCAGGCCACGCGGGCUAUCCAGCAGCAACAGCAGCAGCACAAGCAGCAGCAGCAGCAGCAGCAGCAGCUUCCUAUCAGCGGCAGACUUGCAGAUGCAGACGCGGAGCAGCAGCAAAGGCUCUUCGAAAUGCACCAGCAGCAGCAGCUGCUGCAGCUGCAGCAGACCCGAGCCUUGCAGCGGUUGGAACAGCUGCUGCUGCUGGACUUGCUGCAGGAUUCUGCGGCGCAGCAGCAGCAGCAGCAAGAGGAUGCUUACAGAGAGGAGGCAGCAUCUGCUGCCAGUAAAGCAGCAGUGCUGCUGCUGCUGCUGCAGCACGAGGUGGGUCUGCAGCAGAUGAAGAAGGCCACCGCUCGCCUGCUGCUGCGAUCUCUGCACCAGCGCUGCUGCUGCAGCAGGAAAAUAGACCUACAUCCAGCAGCAGGUAAACCAGCAGCAACAGCAGCAGCAGCAGCAGCAGCAGCAGCAGCAGAUGCGCGGUGGCUGCAGCCACACUUCCCGCUGCUCUUCCGCCUCAUGGCUCGUGUAGCAGCAGCAGCAAAAGAGUCUAGCUGCUGCUGCGCCGUCUGUGGGGAGCCAAUGAGCUGCUGCAUUCUUACAGGGGCUGCCAAUUACUGCAUGCAGGAUCCCCUGCCAGCAGCAGCAGCAGCAGCAGCGGCAGCAGCAGCUGGAAGCGCUGGAGCAGCAGCAGCAGCUGCUGCUGCUGCAGCUGCGGCGCAGCACGUUGUGGGGCAGUGGGUGCUGCCACCUGAGCUGCUGGAGGAGAGGAGCGCAGCCCCGCUGCUGCUGCGCCGUUGUUCCGAUUUGCUGCAGUCAGCUGCAGCAGCAGCUGCUGCUGCUGCUUCUAACUGCCCAGAAGCAGCAGCAGCAGCAGCAGCAGAAGAGGCUUCAAGCCCCCGCCAGAAGAAGCGACGGCGCUGCACGGAGGACGGGGCACCAACAGCAGCAGCAGCAACAGCAGCAGCAGCAGCAGCAGCAGCAGCAGCAGCAGUUGCUGCGCUGCAGGAAAUCAGCCGCGGGCUUCUGCUGUCUGUUCCCGCAGAAGUUUGCGCAUGCAGCGGGCCGGCGGCGAGGCAGCAGCUUGCUGCUGCUUUAUGGGCUGCGCUGCACUCCGUGACGCGUUUGCUGCAGCAGCAGCAGCAGCAGCAGCAGCAGCAGCAAGUGGUGAGAGAGCAGCAGGCCUUCUUUCUAGAUGCUGCUGCUUCUCUCAUUAAAGCACUGAGGCGUGUCUGCUGCUGCGGUGCUGCUGCAGCAGCAGGCAUGUGGGCAGCUGCAUGCAUUCCGAAGGGCCGGGGGCUGCAGCAGGUGCUGGAGCCGCUGGCUCUUGCUGCAGCAGCAGCAGAAGGAAGCAGCAGCAGCAGCAGCAGCAGCAGCAGCGAGGGGGGCUCAGUGAAUAAUUUAGUAGCAGCAGCAGAAGCAACAGCUGAUAUUCUGUGGGCUGCCGCUGGAAAUGGUGCAGCAGAGGGAAGUACGGGAGCUGCUGCUGCAGUUGCUGCUGCUGCUGACUUGCUGCUGCAGCUUCCUGCGUCAGAAGCUUCGGAUCAACAGCAGCAAAAGCUGCUGCUCAAGAAGCUGCAGAAGGCUCUUCGACAGCCCGAUGC